AUUUCCUGUAAAUUCUGUUGGGUGGGACAGGCGGAAGCAGCAGUAGUAGCACUGUCCUGACAAACGCUGACCUUUUUAUUUUGCUGGGGCUGGAAGAUUGACAUAUCUCUCAAAAUGCCGGUAAGUAAAAUAAAAUAUUAUGACCAACUCUUAAAUGAACAACCUUUAUCAAGUGUGAAAUGUAAUUAUGUGUAUUACAACUGUAUCUUCCCCAAUCUGUAUCGACCGUAGCAUUUGCUAGCUAGCUAACGUUAGUCAUUUCAGUCUAAGGUUGAUGCUUUUUGGUCACCGAAAAUAACGUGGCUAUGAAAUUGUUGUAAAUAUAUUGCUUGAUAUUAUUCUCUAGUUGCUAAUUGAAUGAAAACGGGUAAAAUAUAGACAUGUUAACUUAUGCAGCCAAUGGAGUUAGCUGGUUAGUUUCUUGUCAGAAAGAUAAUCUCAUGAAAGGGUAAACAUUUAUAUAUGCAUAAACUGUUUCAUUUUCUUUUGCAGGCGUACCACUCUGGCUUGAUGGAUGGGGACACUAAGAUGGUGGGGAACAUGGCUAUGCUGCCACUGAAAACCCAGUUCAAGGGCCCAGCAGCGAAAGAGAGUAUGUUUCAGCUAGCAAACUUUUAACAAUUUAUUGACACUCUUUAAAGAGCUGGUGUUGACAAUCAUGCCUAAUGUACCAUACUCCACCCAUGGGGUUUAGAAAAUAGCCUACAAGAAUGGACAAAGUUCUUGUGUGAUAUGAAAAAGUGUUAAUUAUAAAUAGGAUAUCCACCUUUCAACCUGCACAUUGUGUAUUUUCUCUCAUUUCCCGUGACUGUGGUUGCCUGGUGGUGCAUGUUGCUUCCUUAUUAGGUGCCAUGAGUCACUCAAGUGUUCAUUCUCUUUAUUUUGAAGAACUUGGCCAGCAUCCCUUAACUUCCUCUAUACUCAACUCGUCUUUGUUAUUUCAGCCAAAGAAUCAGACAUCAUUGAGGAGGCCAUCUACUAUUUCAAAGCUAACGUCUUCUUUAAGAAUUAUGAAAUCAAGGUAAGGCAAAAUGGAAGUUUGCCAAUUUUUUAGCAAAAUGGUGACUGUUAAAAAUGGAAGUGGUCAUCUGCUAUUUAUGGAAUGCUGUCUGAGUAGAAUACAGUCGGCUACAUGUUUAAGGAAGCCCCUCCCUCCCCCCCCCCCAAGGCCUCUUUCUACGGUGGUUUGGCCCUGGGUAUCCCACAUGCCCCAGCCUGCUUCUCUGAAUAUUGCCUGUGGAAAUGCAAUCUUCUCAUAGCUCUGUUAGCAGCCCUUAGUUAACUGAAACUAGGCUCUGCUCUCAUACACCCCUUGACCAGGGGUUCUCAAACUUUUUGAUAGCAAAUUUGUCAGGGACCCCUCCUAAUCAGAACACAACUCAAGCGAGAUAAAAAUAGCAUAUAAGGAGUUUUACUAUGACUUCGGCAGUGCAUGGCCGGACAAACCAAGUCUCGGGCCCUGGGAAGGAACAUUUUAAAGGUCUGCCUUUUGCCAUGGAGAGAACCUUUUGCAAUUUUCAAGCUAAUUUCCUGCUAUUCUAAAUUUUUUGUCAUGGAGCAGAAAGAGAACUUUGCUGUUUUAUAAAAUAAAAAAAUAUUGGGGAAAUAAAAGUAUGAAAAAUGCAUAAUUGAAGUACUGUAGUGGAUACCAAUAUCCCUGUGAGCCUCCCAGGCCCAUGUUGCCCAGGGUUAUAAGAGCGUCUGCUAAAUUAUGUAAAUGUAUUCUCUGGUACUUUUGUAUACUUUUUAGGCAGUAGUUCUGAAAGUAGCGCCCACGAGUUGUGUCCCCCGAAAAUUGCUUUAUUUUUUUUGGAACAAAAGAUUUAGUACAUAUUGUAUGGGACAAUAUGCAAAUGUUUUGGAGAAGGAUUAUUUGAAAAAUAGAAUUUUAUUCAGUGAAUGGUUUUUUAGCAUUUUGAUAAGAGAUUAAAAUGUAAUGAAUUGAAGGUUAUUUGCUGAUGUAAAAAUAUAAAUGUACAGAUUUUUUGGGGGUGUGGUAGUAGGGUCAUGAGGAUAUUCUGUCAGGAAAACAUUUUCAGCUGAAAGUUUGAAUACCAUUGCUCUAAACGUAUUCCAUGGAUCCCUUGGUAUUUGUUUAAUCUGUUAGUAAUAUUUUGUAAAUAUUAAAAAGUAUUGAUCGUCCGCGGACCCCACUUUGAGAACCCCUGCCCUAGACACAGUAUGUUGACAUUAGACAGAGACAGUAUUCUCAUUACUAGGGACUUACGCCAAGCCUUGUGACCGACAGACUUAUCAUUGGCGUUAUCAAACUGUUUUCUUCUCCCCAGAACGAGGCAGACAGAACACUGAUCUACGUCACCCUGUACAUUUCUGAAUGCCUGAAGAAGCUACAGAAGGUAACGGAAUGUAAUUGAUUGAUUGCCAACAGGAUUUUCUAAUAAACUAAAUAGCUAAUGAUUCCAAAUGACCCACCCCCUUAGUGAUAUGGAAUGUUGGGUCCUCAGAACAAUUCAAAGAAAGACAUUUGUUUUGUAUGGGGAACUCCCCGCCUGAAUUUUUAUGAUGUUUAUUUGCAGUGCAGCUCCAGGGGUCAGGGAGAGAAGGAGAUGUACACUCUGGGCAUCACCAACUUCCCAUCCCUGGAGAACCUGGUUUCCCUCUCAACGCCAUGUAUGCAAAGCCCAGCAACAAGCAGGAAGAGGGUAAGGAGCAUGUGGUAAUGUACUACAGUAGUAACAUUCUCGAGUACAGAGACUGAUAGGUGCCACACUAACAGUACAUUAGUGUUUUAGGCUGCACUGUAUAGUAUUCAGUAAUGACAGCAGUUGUGAUUUAACAGUUUGGUCAAUGAUCUGUAUUGUCAUGUUUUGUGUGGGACCCUAAUAAAACCCCCCCCCCCAAAAAAUGUGAUUUUGUCUCCGGUUUUCCUGAUCAGAGACCAUGAGGGCGUACCUGCAGCAGAUCCGCCAGGAGACGGGGCUGAGGCUAUGUGACCGUGUGUUUGACCCCCAGACAGACAAACCCAGCAAGGUGAGACAUCUGACCACUCCUGUCACACACAAAAAUAAAUAAUGGAUGGACUAACCCUGACUCUCUUUUUCAGUGGUGGGUGUGCUUUGUCAAGAAACAGUUCAUGAACAAAAGCCUGUCAGCUCCUGGACAGUAGACAACUCGGGACUAAACUAGUGCAAGGCAGAUGGAUUUUUUGUUUCGUUUUUGUGCCUCCAUUUUUGGUGGCUAAGAUGAUUUUAUACUGAAUAAGAAGAGUACAUGGACAUGCUAUUGUUGUCAGGCCGCUUCAUUGAUCAUGUUAAGCUAUUGCUUAAUGCAAUAAAACAAUUAUGAAAACA